AAGAGGCAGUGGCCCGUGUACUUCCGCGUUGGGGAUCGGACUGCGGGUGGAACUGAUUUUGUUUUCUUGUGUAGUUGAAGAAUUGCAGAAAAUCUCAUCAAAAUGCCGGCAUAUCACUCUGCCCUUCAAGCUCAAACGAGUGUUUGCAAACUAGCGUUGCUUCCACUAAACACCAAAUUUAAAGGCCCAGCACCUCCAGGUGAUGGAAAUCCUGACAUCAUCGAUGAAUCCAUGUCCUAUUUCAAGGCCAAUGUGUUCUUCAGAACCUAUGAAAUCAAAAGUGAAGCAGACAGAGUUCUGAUCUACAUCACACUAUACAUCACUGAGUGCCUGAAGAAAUUGCAAAGGUGCACAUCCAAGGUUAACGGUAAGAAGGACCUGAUCAGCCUUGCUAUAGCUAACUUUGACAUUCCUGGUGAGCCACGGUUCCCGUUGAACGCCAUGUACCAGAAGCCAUCUAACAAGAAUGAAGCAGAUCAAGUUCGAUCGUACCUGACCCAGAUUCGGCAAGAGACUGGACAGCGUCUCGUAGAAAAAGUCUUUGAUCCGGCAACAGAUAAACCAAGCAAGUGGUGGAUGUGCUUUGCUAAAAGAAAGUUUAUGGAGAAGAGUCUGUCUGCACCUGGCCAAUAAAGGUCAUGGGUCAACGGUCAAGAAAUGGAUGUCAGUCUGUCUUAUUAUUUUAAUUUACUCAAGCCUUUUACCAGGCAUGCAAUUUUUCUUCAGCUGAUCUGGUCCCAAUUUCAUGAUGCUGUUAAGCAAAAUAUAGUCUGUAACAUUUUGCAAACUUAACUACAAAUUUAAUAAAUCUUUAAUUUGAAAUCAUUACUGAGUUGUUAUUUUAUGCAAAUGUUGAGAUACACCAACUGUGAAGACUAGUCUUUGACAAUUACAAUAGUGUCUAGUGUCUUUAAAUCAGUGCCAUGAAAUAGGGCCUGAUAAAUGUCAAAGACGAUGAUACUUUUCUUUAGGGUUCAUACCUUUUUAUUUAAUGUACAACCAUGGUUUUACAGGCUAUGGCCCAAUUUCAAAGAGCUGCUUAAACACAGCUGCUUAAAUAAAAGUAUGCUUACUAGAGUAAGGCUAUCAGCCACAAUACAAUGUCACAUGUUUCUUUGAAACUGCUAACCUCUUAAUUUUGGCUAAGCAGACAAAUUGUUAAGCAAUAUUUACUCCACGAUAGAAGAAUAUAAUAGCAAGACAGUUCCCUAAAGAUCAAUCUCUACCUGGCAAGUAGAUACACACAUGGUGUUACUGCAAACCAAAUAUAUAUCAAUAUUUACUGCUAAAGGAGCUCUAUAAAACUGGGCGGGGGGGGGGGAGCUGGUUAGUAUUUGAAGCCACGAUAGUGUGCAUCAACUUUUUAGAUAAUUGUACCAACAGUAGGAGGGUUGCAAAUUUAAAUUAUAAAUUCUUUAUUUUGAAGGUAAAUGCAGUAGUAUUACACAACAUUGCUUUUAAAUCUUCUAUUGUAAAAGAAUAGUCUGUAACAUUUUGCAAACUUGAAUACAAAUUUAAUAAAUCUUUAAUUUGAAAUUA